AUGCCUCUGACCUGUUUCUAUUGCAAAUCUGGAGAAAGCUGUUUCCACAACCUCCCCCAGAUCUGCUCCUCUCCCCAGGACGCCUGCAUCAUCGUUCAAGAACACAACACGCUCGGUGACAUGUGGAAUGGAGGCACGUACCAGUCCUGCGCCGACUCCCGCCAGAGCCUCACGGGCUUCCUGGCUUUUUACUUCGGGGCCACACUGACCGUGGAGAUCAGGUCGGAAAUUUGCAAGACCAACGACUGCAACGCCCAUUUAAUGCCCAUCAGGCAGGCUAUCAGCAACAUCCGCAAUGGCCUGCAAUGCCCGGCCUGCUACGCCCCGGGCUUUGAGAGCUAUGAGAGCAACGAGAGCUUGCGCUGCACUGGAGGUGCUGACCAAUGUGCUGUUGUCGUCGGGAUGCUCGCGCAAGGUGGUGUCGCGAUCCCGUUUGCAGGCCGGGGCUGCGCUACCCGGGCGGCCUGCGGCAUCAAGACGCUGGAAUCGGGGGUGUUCACCUACAAACUGACCAAUGUCCAAUGCAGCCCAGCGCCCAAAGCGCAGACCAGCAGCGCCGCCCGGACUCUGGCCUGGGGUCCCUUCACCCUGGGCGGCAUCGUCCCCCGGGUCCCCCUUUUCCUCCCUGCCCUUCUGGGGCUAUGCCUCUGCUAAUGCCCCAUCUGCAUGACUGGCCACUCCCCAGGCCAUUGGUGUCAUAGUAUAACCGAUGCACUCGGCCUUUUUUGUC